UACCACAUCCUGGUUGAGCCAAGACACUCAAGCAGACCCUGCCGAUGGAGGAACAUCUGCGCGAGUCUCUCCAUUGCAGCUCCUCGCGCAGCACCUCGAAGACCACCUGAACCUGCGGGGUCACCGUCAUCAUGGUGGGUUACUGUCCCAUUUGCGGGAAGCCAGUCUACUUCGGUGAGAAGAAGAGAUCAUUGGGCCGUGACUACCAUCCGCUCUGUUUGAAGUGCCAUCAUUGUAAUCGACAGCUGACUCCAGGCCAGCAUGCAGAGCACGACGAGAAGCCCUACUGCAUCCACUGCUACAUGAAGCAGUUCGGACCCAGAGGAAACAGGCCGCUGUCGCAUCCCUGCAACUCAGCUGCAUCAUAGGACAUGAAACCAGACCUGCAGCUGGUCGCACGAGGACCUCCGGUACGAGAACCCAGCGCAGCCACGGUUUGACAGCUUUGGCACGGAGGCGGACUGACUCGGGGCGGAGCGAGGGGGAAGUGGAGGGAAGCGAUGAGAGCUUCGGUUGUCCGGAGGAGAAACUCGCACCCUGCGGCGACGGGGAAACGGUCUCCGGUACACGGUGUGCCAUGUGACCCCGCUCAACCUCAGCGCUUUCACUCAGUCGACACGCACACCUCCACGGGUGCCAAUCCCGAAAUAAUGACACAUCUCAGAAUUCCUCGUCCAACACCAAUUUUUAAAAAUCUAUCAAA